AUGAAACGCCAGCCAGCAGCACACACGACUCAGGGAAUGGAAGCCAGCAUUAUACUCCUCAGCUGCUGGAUUUGUCUUCAACUGGAGUGUAAUCUUAUGAUCAAACUGGAUCUUCCGCCAUCGACCUAUUCCCUCACCCAAGCAGAGACCUUACCUUGGCCUUGUACGCAUCUGUUGGCUGAUGAGCUGCCCAGUUGGGCCUUGGAGUAUUUUUUGAGGCAGUCAUAUCAAACAUCAAUUUUGAGCGACCUAUUCAAAGCCAGAUACGACGAAGGAAUAUCAGAUCAGGUGCCGAGCCAGAUGGUAAAAUACUUCCCAAAGCUGGAGGGGAUACUAAUGAACCCACAACGCGACCCACUCAACUGGAAGUGCAUGAAUCCAAGCCAACACACAAUCCACUGGGACACACUGGCCACAUUGUACCGCCCAGUCAUCAUGAUGGUACUUAAUACCGCAAAACAAGAUCACAAUGUUGGUAAAGCAUUUACGCAGGAAGAAAUUCAAUCAGCUGGGCGAGGUCUUUACGCCCUUGAACAGAGCUUUGGGGCUUUCGACAGGAAUCACGAUCAAAUCUCCGUCCCCAAUGUUAUCAGUACAAUCCAUGCGCAAUGCGGGAAGGUUCUUGUUCUAACGGCCGCGUACAAUAAUCGAUGGCUCAGACACUACGUGGACUCGAAAAAACUUCCGUCCUUGCUUGCUCACAUAAUCGAGAUGUUGGAGACACAUGAAGGCACUAGUAUCGUGUUACUCAAGCAUAAGCUUGUGCUUCAAGGUAUCUUACAGGACUUUGAGACGAAAGACAUAGCUCGCGAGCAGGAGAUGUAA